AUGAGUCUUUCUCAAGCCGUCAAAACCACCCUCAACUACUAUCCCACCUGCUCGGUCGCUGGCCGACAAAUCGUCCUGGGCACCAUCGGCACCUACCGUCGACCUAUGGACCCCCGUCCAGCGACCAUCCAGGACGUGCGCGGCCGCGAGAGCACCUUUAAUCUGGACGUGCACGGAUUCCAAUUCCUGCGUCAUCCCAGCCCGCAUGUCUCGUCGUUCACGGAGUCCGUGGUCAAGAAAUACAUGUAUCCCGAGGCCGUGGAUAUUCUGAAACAAGCCACCGGCGCCACCAGAGCCCACGUCUUCUCACACAUCACGCGCAACGCGCCGUACGAGAAAGUCGAAGAACUAGUGGCCUCCAAAGAGUCGGACACCAAACCGACCAGCAUGAUGGUCCCGGGCCGACUCAUCCACGUCGACCAAUCCGAGUCCGGCGCCCUGGACAUCCUGAAAGACAACAUGUCGGCGGAGGAAGUCGCCCGGCUGUCCAGGUCCCGCUGGGGCAUCGUCAACAUCUGGCGGCCGUUGAAGCCCGUGCCGCGCGACCCGUUGGCCGUGGCUGAUGCGCGGUCCGUGAGAGACGAAGAUCUCGUCGAGGUCUAUGCAAGGCUUCCGGGGAAGGGGGAGAAGAAUUACGAGGCGACGACUCAGGGGGCGGGGUUUGGUAUGCUGUAUGGAAUGUAUGGAGAGGGCCAGAAGUGGUAUUAUUUGUCGGGAAUGAGGCCGGAUGAGGUCAUGUUGAUUAAGUGUUUUGAUUCGAAGGAUGAUGGCAGUGUGGCGAGGAGGUCGCCGCAUACGGCGUUUGUGGAUCCCAGGACGCAGGAGGUCAAGGAGGCAAGGGAGAGUGUGGAGUUGAGAUGUUUGGUGUUUUUCGAGGAUCAGACUGUCUAG